AUACUCAAUACCACCUAAUACAGAAGAAAAGUUGCUACAUUCUAUUAUAGAUGUCGCUAGUGCACGGAGAUGCUGCAUAGCGAUAACCAGUCAACACUAGCGCACUCUACGGCCAACACUGGAAACUUGUGGACUUGUUGAAAAAUCCGGAACCUGAACCGGUGUCCGACAACGUUCGGCGCGUGUUCGUGGACUAUCAAGUUUUAAACGUUUCAAACUGAACCCCUUCGUUCUUUGAAGUCAAGAAUUUUCGAAGAGAGUUAUUUUGAUAUAAAGAAGACGUUCGGAUAUUACAUUCCUCGCUACAGUUUCUUUCGGGGGUGAAAGAAAACAGAUUUAGUUUUUUAUUGUUUCCUGCUCAACUCACAACUGCGAAAACUAUGGCCGCGCCGAAGCCGCGCUCCGAGAUGAACCCCGAGGAGCUGGCCAAGAUGGAGGAGGAGGAGUUCAACACGGGACCGCUCUCCGUGCUCACCCAGUCGGUGAAAAACAACACACAGGUGCUCAUCAACUGUCGCAACAAUAAGAAGCUGCUGGCGCGAGUCAAGGCCUUCGACCGCCACUGCAACAUGGUGCUGGAGAACGUCAAAGAGAUGUGGACAGAGCUCCCCAAAACCGGCAAGGGAAAGAAGAAGGCAAAGCCGGUCAACAAGGACCGCUACAUUUCCAAGAUGUUCCUGCGGGGCGACUCGGUGAUCCUGGUGCUUCGUAACCCGCUGGCCACGGCCCAGGGCAAGUAGGGACGGGUCGGCCGGCUCUGUCCCUCCCGUCACUCACGCUCAGCGCGCGCGCAUCAUCUCACUGUACAUCGUGCUAUUUGUAACAAUACAUGUCCAAACAGU